AUGGCAGCUCUCGUGAGAAACUUGCGAGUUAGAAACAGUCUCGCUCCCUUAAUGCGAAGUGUGUCGGGCGAUGGCCUGCCCUCGAACAUGACACGCUCUACCUACGUGCUACAUAAGCUUGGCUAUGCUACAACAGCAGUCGGAAAUUCUGAAGAUAAGCAAGAGAUCGAAAUAUAUCCACAAAAGCAAGCGCAGGCGCAAUCGCUAGUUCCGCCUGGUUUUAAUACGCCUGCUUUACCGGCUGAAGAGGAGGGAAGCGAUAGUAAAGACUGGUCAAAGUCUUUUUUCGGGUUAUCUGCUGAAGCCUUUUCCAAGGAGGCGAGAGAUAUAUUGUUGGCGCCAAUAAAUCAUAAUGACAUUGAAUGUAAACCUGAUGGAAUGAUUUACUUGCCCGAGAUCAAAUAUCGUCGCGUGCUUAAUAGGGCCUUUGGUCCUGGGGGGUGGGGCCUCGCGCCGCGUGGAGAAACUUCUGUCGGUCCAAGAAUAAUUUCACGUGAAUAUGCACUGGUUUGUUUGGGACGGUUGGUGUCGUUGGCUCGCGGAGAAUCGGAAUAUUUUGAUCCCUCGGGACUUGCCACGGCAGCCGAGUCCACAAAAAGUAAUGCUUUGAUGAGAUGUUGCAAAGAUUUGGGCGUUGCAUCGGAAUUGUGGGAUCCUCGAUUUAUCCGUGAAUUCAAAAAGACUUACUGCGAGGAAGUAUUCGUAGAAUACAUUCCCCAUAAGAAGAAGAAGAGGAUUUGGAAGAGAAAAGAUACUCCUAUCGAAUAUCCGUAUGCCAGAAUUUGA